AGUUCACGCAAGAAUUCAGUGAAAUAUGCAGGCUUUGCUUAAAGCAGGAGGAUGUUAUGGAAUCAAUUUUUCAAACGAUUGAUGGGGAAGAUACAGAAUUUUCACUCGCUCAAAGAAUAUCUACCAUUGCACGGGUGCAGGUGGGUGUGGCCACGUUCACUUCAUCGAGCAAACGCAUCUUAUCGCGACUAUCGUGAGCUGCACGCGUCCCGCGGGACGCGUUUGUACCGAAAACGAGAGACACUCGAAAUCAUUUUUAUUCGAUCGGAUUUACGUACAAGCAUAUGUUCACGAAGAUGAUGGAUUACCCAUGCUCAUUUGUUGCACGUGUCGUCAUCAGGUCGAGAAGUCGUACAACUUUCGCCUGCUCGUCGAAAUCUCUGAUCGCACACUACGCAACUGUUUGGAAAGUCCUCAGGUUGAGACAUCGGAACAGAUGAUAAAGCAAGAAUUGUCUGAUCCGAAUGUAGACUCUGCAGAUGAGGAAAAUGUCGGUCUGGAGCAUUUUUUCUUAGACACCAAUUUAACUGAAUCUGAUUUAGAUCCAACAGCAAUUAAUGUUAUUCUAGUACAGUCUGAAGAUGGCACUAGAGUGUUAAAUAUAUGCAGUAUCAAUGAUUCUGAAGAUACUGACAACUUGGAAGAGACGACAUCUGUUAAAAACGAGUAUUUAAUAAGCUCGGAACAAGUCCCAAGUCCCAAGUCCCAAGUCUUGGAACAGGAUGAAGGUAGAUUGGAGCCAAAUGAUUUAGAAGAUAAUCAACGUAUACUGAGCCCUAAAGAAAUUUAUCUUCAAGAUUUAGAACCUCAGCUGCAAUCAGUUCACCCUUGCAAUAAAUGUGACAAAUUUUUUUCAACUGAUAAAGAUUUGGAUACUCAUUUCACAAUUGAACAUGUUGAGGAUAGCGAAUAUCUCGACACAUCGAGUAUUGAAAUCAGAUGCGAAUUGUGUUUUGAGGCAUUUGAGUCAUUGGAGGAUUUGAAAAAUCACAUUACUGAACAUUUCGCCAACGGCAGAAGACUUAAUAGUGUUAAAUCAGAGACAUAUAUACCUAGUGCAGGGGAAGAAGUGAGUGACGAAAUUGAAACAAUUAUUGACAAUGAUCCUGACUAUGUAUUGGGAGUACCAAAGAGCGAGGAAGCAGAAGUAAGAACACAGAAUCAUUAUGAAAACGAGAUUACAGGAUCCACUGCCGAAGAUGGAUUGAUUCAAAUCAGUAUUGAUAACAUUAGUGAACAUGGUUCUCAAACAAAUAGUCGCAAGGAUGGUGAUUCAUUAGAUGUAGAAUUAGAGUUAGACUUAGAUAAUAAUACUGAAUAUCAGUCUGACAUUUUUUAUUGCGUUGGAGAGUAUUUGCCUGACCUUGUAAAGGUACGAUCUACCGGUAAUUUUCCCUGUACACAAUGUGAUAAAACGUUUACGCAAAAGCAUGAACAAACUUUACAUCUAAGGAGACAUCUCAGUGUUAAACCUUUUAAGUGUACUUCAUGUGAUGAAACUUUCAUAACAAAUGCUUUGAGAAAAGAACACGAACGAGGUCACACUGGAGAAAAAGGUUUUGUAUGUGUCAUUUGUGGUAAAAGCUUUGUUAAGAAGUCUGAAUUAAAAUAUCACGAAGGCGUUCAUACUGAUACUCCGUCAACUUGUAAUAUUUGCAACAAAGAAUUUACCAAUGUCCAAUCUCUAAAGAUGCAUACUAAACGACAUAUUUUAGGUAGUAGGUACGUCUGUGAGACAUGUGGCAAAAGUUAUUAUACUAAUUCCGAACUUGCCAGGCAUGUACAGAUGCAUUCAGGCAAACGUGAAUAUCCUUGCCAUCUCUGCGAAACUUCGUUUCUUUCACGUCCAGAAUUGAAUAGACACCUACGAUAUCAUAUCGGAGAAAAAACAUUUCGAUGCAAAAUUUGCUUCAAAUCUUAUUUCGAAUCAGGUCAUUUGAAAAUACACGAAAGGGUGCAUACGGGCGAAAAGCCUUACAUCUGUACUGUUUGUAAUAAGGCUUUUGUAACCAAACCGAAAUUAGUAAGGCACCAGAAAAUUCACGCGAAAGAACAAAUUACGAAAUGUGAUAUGGAUUAUCAACAACAAAUAAUGACUGAAGGUACAUGAUUGAAAAUAAUCUCAGUAUGAAUUUUGCAUGUACAAGCAUAUAAUAUUUUCUCACUUGCCAUUCAAUCAAAAGUAUGAAAUUCAAUUUAAAUCUAAGAAGAUUGAGUUAGUAUAAUCAAGGUGGCCAUACUUCGGAAAAACCUAGAAAAUCUAGAAAAGUCGUGGAAUUUUGAGAAGGACAUGGAAUAUAAAUUGUAAUUAGAGAAAAAUAAAAAUACUAGUUUUUCUAAUUCAUGAAAAUUGAAAUCAUCCACUGAUUCCGCUGUAGGAUAUGAGGAUAAUGAAUCAUCCAAAAAUGUAACGUUUAAAGAGUUCUUCCACAAAAAUUUUGCAAAAUGAUGGAUAAUAUGUAACUUUUGUAGUAAUUUUUCACAUUUUUAUGAAGCACUGUUAGUGAAAUUUCAAGUUACAGGUGUUAGAGUUUGAUUGUGACGUCAUGAUUCAGAUUACAAAAUUAGAAAUAAUUUUGAGAAUAAAUCUGAAUACACUUCGCAAUUAAAUUUGUAUAUUCACAUAUGAUAAAAGGUACGAUUGUUGACGCACUAUGAAUAAUUCACAUUGGUACUAAUACAUUUCUAAACAUGUUUUCACACAUAGGUUUGCCUGUCUCAAUCCCUUCGUCUUGUCAAUAACUAUAGGGAUGUGAACAACUGAACUUUUUACCCCAUUGUUAGAAAAAAUCUGGAGAAGUAGUCCAUCUUAAUUAAAGAACUGAUUGCGAGUAGAAACUAUUGGAAAACCUGGAACAAGACAGAGAUAUUUUUUCUUGGUAUUCGUGGCCACCCUCCCAAUUGUGAAAGUAUGUGUGUCAUGUAUUUAUAAUUUAAUCUCAGUAUGUCACUAAUUAUUAAACCGUGAGUCGAAUAUCAUGCAAGUUUCCAAAGAUGUUGUAUAAGCGGCAUUAAUUGCUUAAUACUCAUUGUAAGUUUCAUCUGCUGGGAGUGAGAAUUAAAUUUGAAAAAUCGAGA